UAUUCGGGCAACGAAUCAGUGUUUUCCGAGCUAUCCAACAUUAAUAUUCGCCUCACCAAUCUCCUGCUUUUUUGCGUCGCAAGCUCUGUGAUUCAAGCUCAAGAAAUCUGUGAUCAUUUGGGAACUUUGCCUUACGAAGAAAUUGGUUGUAUUCCGACUUUGGGACCAAAUGGUUGUCCAAAAUCGUUUGACUGUUCUCAUUACGAAGUGCCUAGCGAUGGUUGUAUCUUUAAAGGACAAACUUACCAAAAUCGCGAGUCAAUAAACGGUACUAAUCCUUGUAAUGUAGGCUGUUUUUGCAACGCUGAAGAAUCUUUUGAACCCAAAAUUAUUUGCGCUGCGAUUGGUUGCCACUUUAAUGUUUACAACGUUUGUUAUCGAGUUCAUGAUUUGGAUCUUUGUUGCCCCACCGAUCAAAUCUGCCCACCUUUUGAUGAUUUGGGUACUUGCCAAGUCGAUGGUAAAACUUACAGGGAAGGAGAAUAUUUCCAACCAGAAGGACAAUGCUUAAAUUGCGUUUGCCAGAAGGGAUUUAUUGGCGAAUUCGUUGAGCCCUUCUGUCGCCGUGUUAAUUGUGACUUGGAAUUGCGUUUCGCCAAGAAGAUUGCUGAAGGUUGUGCUCCUGCUUACACUAGAACUGCAGAUGCCCUUUGCUGUCCGUCAAACACGUUGAGUAUAUCUGCCGUUGAAGAUUCUACCGUUUCCGAAGACAAAUGUAUUUACGGCCAACUCGAAUUCAACAUCAACGACGUUUUAAACUUAACUUAUAACAGAUAUAAUCAACAGAAAUAUAAAUAUACUCAGUAUUCGGACGACGCGUCAGUGUUUUCCGUGCUAUCCAACAGGAUUCUUCGCAUAACCAAUUUCGUUUUUUGCAUUAUAAUCGCCGUGAUUCAAGGUUACGAGAUUUGUGAUCAUUUGGGAAUUUUACCGUAUGAAGAAAUUGGUUGUACUCCGACUUUGGGACCAACUGGUUGUCCAAAAUCUUUUGACUGCUCUCAUUACACCGUACCAAAUGAUACUUGUAUCUUCAAAGGACAAAUUUAUCAAGAUAAUGAAAACGUAAAUGGUACAGCUCCUUGUAAUCCAGCUUGCAUUUGUAGCAUUGAUGAAACAUUUGGACCAAGUAUUAAUUGUGCAGUCUACGAUUGCAACUGGAAUGUAUUCGAGAAUUGUUACCAAACUGAUGAUUUGGAUUCCUGUUGUCCUUCUGGUCAAAAGUGUCCACCAUUUGAUGAUUCUGCAAUUUGCCAAGUUGACGGCAAAACUUACAAAGAAGGACAACAUUUCCAACCGGAAGGACAAUGCCUAUCGUGCGUGUGCCAAAAAGGAUUUACUGGUGAAUUCGUUGAGCCUUUUUGUCGACGCAUUCAAUGUGACGUGGAAAUACGAUUUGCAAAGGAAAUUUCUGAAAAUUGUGCUCCUGCUUAUAUUAAAACAGCCGAUGCUCUUUGCUGUCCAAUCCAUUAUAUUUGUCCUUCCAAAACUUUGAAUAUUACAGUCGUUGAAAAUACUAGCAUUACAGAUGAUAAAUGCGUUUUCGGCGAACUCGAAUUCAACAUCAACGACAUCAUGAAUUUAACUUAUAAUAUUUAUGAAGAGAAAGUAGCUGAAUGUUCUUGCAUUUUGCCACCUUCAUUGACAUGCAAAUCAGAUUAUUAAAAGAAUCUAUGACAAAUAAACAUUAACGGAACAAAUAAAAUAAUUGCAACAUAAAAA